CGCUUACCCCAUUGUAGAUGGAAUCCCUAACAUGACUCCUCAGGAUGCCAGAAUGAUCCACAAAGAUCAGAAGCCGGAGGAUACAGGCAGCACAUCUUAAAAGCAAUCACAUUUAAAAAUCACUAGUGACACAAUGUUUUUGUCUUUGCCAACAGUGACUGUGCUUAUCCCGCUCCUGUCAUUGGCGGGUUUAUUCUACGCUGCAUCAGUGGACGAGGAUUUCCCUCAAGGAUGCACCAGUAGCGCAAGUGUGUGUUUUUACAGCCUGCUUCUCCCGGUCACCCUGCCAGUGUAUGUGUUUUUUCACUUGUGGACCUGGAUGGGAAUAAAACUUUUCAGGCACAACUAAUGCAUAGCUGAAGGCAAGCAGCUUGCUUACAAAAAUCCUACUUUCUUUUUCAAGCACUAUCACAGCUGUCUUGGGCAAUUGUCUUUUUUUCCCCCAUUCAAGGCAGCAAUGCCAGUGUCUUGGAAUCGCAGCCAAUGGAGUUUGCAAAUCUUGUAGAAUUAGAAUAAAGUAUGCAAUAAUCA